CGUGAAGUUGUUUGGACGCAGCGCAGCGAUCGUGGUCGUGUCUUAAUCACCAGCCCAGAUCUCUGACUGCAGUUUUGUGAGAUUGUCGCCGCCAGUGUCGGAAUACCAGGAACACUAUAAAUAAAUAAUGGUAUUUUGGUUGCUCUCCUGAGGGCUGUUCUGUUCUCAAUUUCGCACCGCCAAUCAUCGCCAACGCAAUUGUCUAAAAAGCAAGGACAAGGACUUUGUGUGAUUUGACUGCUUGACGGCAGUUAAUCGAUUUGUCUGUGUAAUCAACAUCUGUUCCGCUACCGUAAAACCUGGCAUAAGUGCAUAAAACGCGAGCUUUAUGGGCAAAGUCGAUAAAAUGCGAGAGCACGAGUGAAUUGCGAUCCGAUUGAGUUGUCGUGAUUUGAGAGAGAGACUCGAUGGGCUAAUGUGUAUGCAAUUGUUGUACAGUUGGCAGUAUUUGGGCGAUUGACUGUUAAAUGUGUCUUUAGUAAAUAGCAAUUAUCGAGGAAUUCUGGCGAAAUUCAUGAUAAAAUCAUCAGGAAUGACAGUGACUCCGCUACGCACGGCUAUGACAAGCCCGACGGUUCCUCCGCAACAGAAGUCCAGUUCACGUGUCAGUAACUUCAGUGUGGCCUCGCUGCUGGCCGACACGAGGCCAAAGAGUCCCUCCGACGUGGAGAUCGUCUCCGCCACCAAUCUCAGCAGUCGGCGGCCGGCGUCCCCGCGUGAGUCGCAAUCGCAGGAUGGCGCGGCGACGGACGGCCUGGCCAAGAGCGAACGAAUCUACUCCCCCGCGCACAGCUCCGCCGCCGACUCGGACGUGGAGUACGACUCCAAUCAGGAAGAUUCAAUUGUCGAUAUUGAAGAUGUGAACAACGAGACCAGUUCAAUACCCGGUGUGGAGAAGUCCCAAUCACUGCUUCCGUCACCCACGCUCUCCGGACAUGUGCCGAUUAGGCCGACACCGUUCAGUGCAUUAGCGGCGGCGGCGGCCGCAUGGGGCGGCAUGGGGGGCGCAGUGCCUUGGCCAUCGGCCAGACAAAUACCACCGUUCGGCCCACCGGGCAUGUUUCCCGGCCAGAGCUUCCCAGGAGGACCCGUCACUGAUAACCAAGAACCGCCGCGCAUAAAGUGCAACCUGCGGAAGCACAAACCCAACAGGAAACCACGGACGCCCUUCACAACGCAGCAACUGCUGUCGCUCGAGAAGAAGUUCAGGGAGAAGCAGUACCUGAGCAUCGCCGAGCGGGCAGAGUUCUCAUCAUCCCUCCGACUGACUGAGACCCAAGUGAAGAUUUGGUUCCAGAACCGGCGCGCCAAGGCGAAACGACUCCAAGAGGCUGAGCUGGAGAAGAUCAAGAUGGCAGCGCUGGGCCGCGGCGCGCCCGGGGCGCAGCUGUACAUGGGCUACUUCCAUCCCAGUCUCAUGGGCGGCGCGAUGCACUUAGGGUAAUCUCGGCGUGACGAAAUCACACGUAUUUACACUCUCUAUGAGGGCAAAUUAUAUAACAAAUGGCGAACAAACUGGACCUGCGGCUGACCAAAGAAGAACCCAAUUCCAAUCCCAUAAAUUACUAUGUUUACUACAUCGUUUGUCUCUCCCUUGUGGCCAGGGAAGAAGAAGGAGGAGGAAAAAAGUGAGGCGCUACUGGAAUUUAACGUAUAUCUUUAGUCGGAGAGCAAAUUUUCUCGCGGCAGCGCGAUUAAUUAAUAUCUAAUUUAUCUUACACAAUUGGAAUAACACGCAUAAUGUAUGAAAAAUCAUGUUUCCGCCAUCAUCAACACAAUUCCAAGCGCGCAAUAUUGUGUGAGAAGAGAGAGACUGUCUGUGCGGGUUAAUAUGAGAGAGUCGCAAGUAAUUGUGGAGAUUUAGAAGAAGAAGAAAAACCUCCGCGAAAUGCUUAAAAAUGAACAACACGAAAUCACGCUAACGGCAAAACGGUUCAGCUUCACAUUUGAAGGGUGUUUGCGUCCAGUUUGUUUACCAACAUUUCACAGAAAUAACCUUUCUUAUCAGUGACAUAAAUUGCAAGAGCGAGAGGAGCAGAAAAAAGCUAAUUAUGUAUUUAUAAAUGAAAUUACAUUAUAGUGAAAAUAUUAUUUAAAUAAUCACUGUAUUAUAAAAACACACACACACAGAAUUGAUGUAAUUUGUAAAUAGUGUUAGCUUUUGUAUAACAAGAAUUAAUUGUAGUGAUGAUGAAUUGAUGAGAGAGAACAAAACUAUUUAUAAGAAAAGGUAUAAUUUUUCUUUCUUUUCUGCAUAUUUUUUCCAUUUUGUUGAGGAGUGUUUGAGAAUGCUGAAUUCCAUUAUUUUCUAAAAUGCGAUGAUUCAAUUGCGAAAAAGACUCUGUAAAUAGAAACUUGAAUGAAUAAAUGGUAGAAAACUUGGACAAAGAUGUAAAUAGAUGGAUGAAUAGUAAUUGUAGGUGAUAAAUUACACUACAAAUUCAAUGAUUUACUAUUAAAUGACACAUGAAUUAUGUGACAGAAAAUUGAUUUUAGAGGUUACAAACUUAAGAAUGAAGAAAAACAAUAUACAUAAAUGUGUAAUAUUAGAAGAUAUUCUGUGUUGUUGAAGAAUAUUAAAAGAAGAAAAUGAAAAAAAACAGAUUCUAUCAUCAGUAUGUUGUAAGACUAUAUAUUUAAUAAUGAAAAUGGGGAAAAAAGAACAAACUCAAGACACAAAAUACCGCGCAAUGCAGAGGGGAAGAUGACCAUAACUCAAAAAUUCAUUUGCAAUACAUUCAGAAUUCUUCAUGUACACAAAAACCACUAAAUUUAUGCAAGAGAAUGUACAUUUUUGCGGGAAAAAAGGAGAGAAAAAAGGGAAAGGAAAACAUCUUUGUGACUUUGAGAGGGUGAAAAAAGAAUGCAAAUAUUGAAAUGUAAUAUGCGAAAGGAAAACAGAUGAUUGAAAGACAUUAGAUAAAAGUCAUAUACAAUAAAAUUCAAUGAUCGAAUUAA